AAAAGCUUUGCAACACAUGUCCACUUAUCCUCUUAAAGUGAUCAUCAACUUCUACUCUCUCUUCUUGGUGGUGAAAUUGCUCCCAAAAUGGCGCUUUCUCAGGCGAUUACUGUACUUCUUUUUGUUUUGGCUCUCGCAAGGAUUGAUCCCUCCACAAGCCAUGUACUCAUCAAGGGCAAAGUCUCUUGCCUAGAUUGCAAGAGCAAAAGUGAUCUCACAGCUGGAAUCAAGGUCUUAGUGAAGUGUGACAAAGUGAAAAAGUUGGCUAUGGCUACCACAAAGGAUGAUGGCUCUUUCGAGGUCGAAGCUCCCUCAGACAACACGCCACAGCCAAGAUCUUUGAGUAAUUGCCUUUCCAAGCUUCUUGGGGGUCCAAACCAGCUUUAUACCUCAAAGAAGUUCAUGACUUCACAGAUUGUCGAAACCGAUGAUUCGAACUCUUACACAAUCUCCAGCCCUCUUUCCAUCUACACAUCUUGCCCUCCAACCAUAGAUCAUGCCAAAUGUGAGACCAUGAAGAAAUGGGGUUCUUCCAAAACUGUUGAUCUGCCAUUACCACCUGAGUGGGGCUUGGCUCCUUCAAGUUACUAUGUUCCUUUCUUCCCCAUUAUAGGUAUCCCAUAAUUGCACUCUCUGCAGCCUGAUAUAUAUAUAUAUACAUACAUAUAUAUAUAUAUAUAUAUUAUAUAUAAUGAGUGGUAGAAGAAGAAGAAGUGGACUCUGUCUGCUUUAAAUUAUCUAUAUUUUUAUUGGGUUUGUAUUAAACGUCAUGAUGCUGGUAGCAGUCCUUUUUUUUUCCUUUUCUUGUUUUUCUCUAUCUUUUAAGAAAUAGCAAGUUGAUGUACGUGUAGAAAGCAUAUAUGUUAAUAAUUGUGAUCAACAUAUAUAUAUAUAUAUAUUUAUGUU